AUGCUGGCUUGCAAGCGAUGGCCGCCAGGUCUGAAGCCAUUUUGCCGUGGGGUUUGUGAGCGGAAGUACCGGAAAAAAGAGGGUGUGGACACGAAGACACUACCCUUCUUGGUGCACAGGACUCCAUCUGGGAACCUGCCGGUGUAUGUCGAACCGACACAAAAGGGUGAGAAGUUCACCCGCAUUCGCAGGGUCUUUGGCGAUGCUGAACACUUGGCGCAAGAGGUGAGUCGAAUUUGCAACUCUUCAGCUCGCGUGGGCCGUGCCGCACGCAAGACUGUGGAGGCUCCUUUGUUUUUCUUAUUUUUAUGCGAUACAUUAAUAUUACCACAAUAA